CUCAGUGGGUCUGUUUGACUUGAAAAGAGGGAUGAGAGAGGGAGGAGAGAGAACAGGUGUAUCAUGGUGUGGGUGUGACUCAGGUUUCUGUUUGAGAGAGAAAAAUAGAUAAAGGGGAGGAAUAAAAGUAUAAACACUAAACAAGACAGGCUGUAGUGGCGGGCAUUGAAACGAUGGAAGUCUACAAAGCGCUCUGUUUGGUGACUCUACUAGUUGCUCUCUUUUCAAAAGUGUCUCACUCUCAGUUGGAUGUGUGUGGAAUCUCUCCUCUCAACACUAGGAUCGUGGGGGGUCAGGAUGCUCGUCCAGGGAGUUGGCCAUGGCAGGCCAGUCUGCAGAAAUCUGGCAGACAUUUUUGUGGGGGAUCCCUUAUUAACAAAGAGUGGGUGCUGACUGCUGCUCACUGCUUUCCCAGCACCAGUACAUCAAAUUUGCGGGUCUACCUGGGUCGUCAGAACCAGCAGGGCUCCAACCCUAAUGAAGUGAGCCUUACGGUCACUCAGAUCAUCUGCCACCCCAACUACAUCAGUAGUACCAGUGACAACGACAUGUGUCUGUUGAAGCUCUCCUCCUCCGUGACUUUUACCAACUACAUCCGGCCAGUCUGCCUAGCUGCACAAGGCAGCUCCUUCUAUGCUGGCACUACUAGCUGGGUCACAGGCUGGGGCACCCUCAGCAGUGAAGGAUCUGUACCACAGAUACUACAGGAGGUGGAUGUGCCUGUAGUGGGAAACAGGCAGUGUAACUGUAAUUAUGGAGUUGGCACCAUCACUGACAACAUGAUCUGUGCUGGUCUAUCAGCAGGAGGAAAGGAUUCCUGUCAGGGGGACUCAGGAGGUCCGCUUGUGAGCAAACAGGGUACUCGCUGGAUCCAGUCUGGCGUUGUAAGUUUUGGCAACAGCUGUGCUCUGGCAAAUUUCCCUGGUGUGUACGCCAGAGUUUCCCAGUACCAGACCUGGAUCAACAGCCAGAUUACCAGUGCCCAACCAGGUUUCAUCACCUUCUCAUCCAAUGGGACUGACUCUGACCUCAGUGUCACCUGCAUCACCUCCCCCCCUACAACCACACCCGCACCUGUGGUGUGUGGCAGCGCUAGCCCCUCUUUGAACUCCCGUAUUGGUGGGGGAAGCUCGUUGGCGACAGCAGGCUUGUGGCCCUGGAUAGCCAGCAUACAGAAAAACGGAGCACACGUUUGCGGGGGCACGUUAGUGGCGGUGGACUCUGUCAUGAGCGACGCUAGCUGCUUCUCCAGCCAACCCAACGCCUCUCAAUGGACCGUGAUCCUGGGUCGUCUGAAGCAAAACGGCUCCAACCCUAACGAGGUAACCCUGAAUGUCAUCAACAUCAUCAUGAGCAACUUGACGGGCAACAACGUGGCCAUCCUCCGACUGGCCAGCAAACCCAAGUUGUCAAACUACAUCCAGCCUAUCUGUUUGGACCAGGGAACCAGCACCUUCAGCACAGGGACUAAGUGCUGGGUGGCUGGCUGGGGCACUGGCCAGGGUGGGGCUGAGCAAGUCCUGCAGGAGUUCCAGACCUCUGUGGUGGAAUGCGUGAAUGUUUCAUCUUUGGACAACAUUUGCACCGGACCUGUGACACUAUUGCAGAGUGAUGUGGGUGGUCCUCUGAUGUGUAAGCAGGGCAACUCAUGGUUUCAGACUGCUGUGUUGACUGUCGAUAGCAGCAACGCCACAAGCAGCAACACCACCAGCACUAACGGCACUAGCAAAGCACGAUGGAGCCAGAGUCCUCGCGCCUCCACCAUCCAAGUCUUCACCAAAACCUCCCGCUUUAAGAACUUCCUUGCUACCAAUUUGGGAACCUUCCUAUCCCCCGCCUUAGCUGGUGGCAGCAGUGGAGCUUCCAUGGCCCACUCCUCCUUCUCUCUCUUCCUCUUCUUCUCCCUCUCCUUUGUCCUCCUGUUGGGUUGGGAUUGAUACUAAGCAACUCAAUGGCAACCAUUGCCAAGCCCUUUCUGUAACUUCCAACUAACCAAAAGUCAGUGACUGGCAGAGUGUGUCAAAGCAGAGUGUGUCAGAGUGUGUCAAAGCCAAUGUUGAACUCAGGGAGCCUUCAUCUCCGGUCACUUGAAUUAUGAAUGUUUACAAUUUCCCCUUUGUCAAAAUCAAUCGAUAAAAUAUAUUUUUGCUGUCUCAAUUGUUUUUGUAUCCAUAGCAUUUUCUGGACAAUAUUUGUUAAUUCUAACAGCACUGUUAUUUAAGUUGCAAAAUGCAUGAUUUUCUGUUCAAAGCUGUCUGGGCAUGUGUAACAAUGUUACAUUAAUAUCCAGAUGAAUAUGACUGUAGUAGCACACUUGACUUUCUCCAAAGAUUAUAGUAGUCUAUUCUACAGUAUCUGUGAGCCAAAAUGACAAGUAGCCAACAUGCACUGAACUAUAAGAUAGUCAUACUGCACUUUACUGGACAUGUGCCAUGGAUUAUUAUAUACUUAACAAAUCACAAUGUUAUGAUGAUGGUUUUAACAAAACCGUUAACUAAAUAGCUCUAAUACUUAGUUCUAAAUUAACUGAAGACUUUAUAGCCUUCAGAUUAUCCCUUGAAAGGCACAUUGUGUCACGCCCUGACCUGAGAGAGAUGGUUUAUUUUGUUAGGUCAGGGUUUGUGGUGGGCAGUCUAUGUGUUAUAUUUCUAUGUUGUCUUUUUCUUUGAUUGGCUGAGUAUGGUUCCUAAUUAGAGGCAGCUGUCUAUAUCGUUGUCUCUGAUUGGGAAUCAUACUUAGGCAGCCCUUUUUCCCUCCUUCUGUGUGGGAUCUUGUUUUUGUACAGCUUAGAUUAGCCUGCAAAACGGGACGUUCGUUUUCCGUUGUUUAUUCUUUUGAUUUAGUGUUCUGAGUUCAAAUAAAUAUUUGAACAUGAGCACUCA